AUGUCGACUGCUGAUACAGAUCCUACACCGUCUAAUCGUCGCAAAGCAUGCGAUUUGUGCUUCACAAAAAAGAUCAAAUGUGACAUGCUAAAGCCAGAUUGUUCGAAUUGUAUUCUCUAUAAUACGAGCUGUCGAACCAGCAUAAUUAGAAGGAAGCCUAAUUCUGCGAGAGUUAGAUCAGGGGCUAAACAACAAGAAGAGAACAAUCGCCAAGAGGGCCUUGAAGCAAGAUUAGUUCGUAUUGAGGAGCAACUCCAAAUUGUUCUCAACGCUGCCCAAGAUGCUCAAAAUGCCAGGCCGCAUUCAGAUGACCAUUCCAGCCCGAGUGACUCAGCGGAAUCAGUUCUCAACAACUCCGUAAAUUUCGAAGAGAUGGCCAAACGAGGAUUUGCUUGGAAAUUCGACCCAGUUAAUCCAGCAGUUUACCAAGGACCUCAACCAAACACAUUGGAAUUGCCCCCUCUUGAUGAGAUUCUACCUAUAGUAGACCACUACUUCACAACAUUCAACGGCGUGAUUCCUCUCUUUCAGCAGCCAGAAUUCAUGAAGAUUCUAGCGGCAUGGUAUAAACAACCCGAAACUCGCGACAGAGCUUCUUGGGCUGCUAUUCAAACCGUCAUGGCCAUUGGAUAUCGCACUCCGCAGCUCUCGCUACGAGACAGUCAAUCAGUACAUAUUGAAAAGGCAGAUCAAUGCUUGAGGAAUGCACAGACUGUUGUGUCUGAACUUGUCACGCGCGAUGAGGAUUUACUCGGCGUCCAGAUCUUAUUAGGUAUCGUGAUGCUGUUCCAGAAUAGUCGUGAUCCGAAACCCGCCAGUGUUUUGAUUGGAACAGCGGUUAGGCUGGCGCAUAGACUCAAGUUGCACUCGCAAGAAGCGGCGAUGCAGUUUCCGGCUGCAGAGGCAGAGCAGAGAUCGCGUGUGUUUUGGAUUGCGUACACUCUUGACAAGGACAUCUGUCUUCGUGCGCAAACACCUUCAUGCCAGUUUGAUGAAGACAUCGACAUUAGUCUCCCUGUACUUGCGCCACCAGAUAGCGUUGGUUUAAUAUGGACGCAAAACGGCCAAGUACACUUCAACUAUCAUCGAAGGCGCGUGGAACUCGCUUACAUACAAGGCAAAGUGUACGAUCUUUUGUACUCCAACCGCUCCAGCAAGGUGACAGCCCAAGAGCGACAACGACGGGUAUCUCGGCUUCAAGCCAUGCUCGAUCAGUGGUAUGAGCGCAUUCCAACCGUCUUCCAUAUCGAGCAUGUCGCAGCAACGGUGGGACCGAGCCAGCUUGUGCAGAUGACAAAGAUGCACCACGCAUUUCUGCUGACGGAAGUGAUGAUUCACGGUAUUUACAGCCAUAAUGCUGAAUGGGUAAAAAGGAUCAGCUCGUUUAGUAGAGCUACGAUAACUUCUGUUGGAAGCUUGGAGAACAGGGGCUUUGAUGGUGCUGGAAAGUGUCAGGACCAAGCACCGCCUUUAGCUGAGGGAUGGAAUCAUUGCGUGGAAGUGAGCAGAGGGUGCAUGAAGUUAUUCCAGGAAGCUACACCAACAGAGUGCCUGAUUUGGCAAUGUAGCUGCUCUCAUUUCUCAGCGCUCAUCGUCCUCCUCGCCAACAUGAUCCUCAACCCCGGCCACAACUCAAUCCACAUUGAUCAGCACCUCUCAGUAAAGGCGCUCGAUCUCUUCGACAAGCUUCUAAAGAUAAUCGACGACGAAGCGUUCAGAGCAUUGCGAAGUGUUGUUGGUGAACUCAGCCAGAGGGCGCAAACGGCUGUGGCGGUGUAUAGAGACGAGCUGAAAGGGUCAGGGAAGGACGUCUUUGAGGCGCUGAACGUGGAUGAUGUGGCUGUGCACGAGGUGGAUUUCUUGCCGGCGGGAGACAUGUUUGAGGGGCUUGAGGGGCCGUUUGUGGGGUUGGACGGACCGUUUGUCGGAUCGAGUGGGGAGCUUGAGCGGGGCUUCGGAGACGGGAUGAGCUUCAUGGACGGCGGAGUCUUGGACAUGGAGUUUAUGAGAUGA